AUGCCUUUCCUGGAGAAAUGUUGCUUUUGUGUGCCGCUGCGUUGCAUGUGCUUAUUCCUGGCCUACGCCUUGCUGGCACCGCCCUUUUUCAACUUCGUGUGGCUGAUAAUUCUGCGCGAGUUUCUCUGCGCUCGCCUCACCACACUCUGGAUCUUCGCUGAUCUGUUCAAUGUGCUGUCGAGUUUUCUGCUGCUCGGUGGACUCUAUAUGAACAGCAGCAGCAUUCUCCCACUGCACAUCGUCUCCAAGCUAAUUGGUUUGAUUGUGGAAAUGAUUUGCCACUUGCUAAUCGCCGCCGUGGAAAUGGGUCGGCCCCUGUCGAUAGUCAGUUCCGUUUUCUCCAUCGGAUGCACCUGCUUGGACGUGCUGGUGGUGCUCAGAUUCUACCAGCAGGAGGAGCAGGAGGACUAGCCCAUGUCCUGGUCACCCACUAACCCGCAACGGAGCUUUGGCCAGACCUAAUCGCAGCGUGUAGCAUUUUGUGGCGCGAUUAAACGCAGAUUUAUUGGCA